AAGCUAGUAAGGUAGUGUAUGAAAGUCGUAUGAGUUACGCUCCCACCUCCUUCCUUCCUCCUUUAAGGCUUCCACACUAGCGCUAAGAAGGCAUUACCGCCGCUAAACUCAUGCGAGUAAACUGCUCAAGGCGCUAGCUCGAGCGGCCGCCCACAAGUCAAGUGGGCCCAGGAAGCCGCCGCCCAGCUAACUCCCAGCGCCUGGCUUAAUUACCUGCAGCUAGCUGGCGCUAAUAUGCUGACAUCCUUUGCCAACGCAGCCAUAUUUUCAAGUGACCCGCAGGCAAGUUAUGGCAGCAGAAUUGGAUGUUGUUAACCUGUUUAUAAUUGCUGGGGGAACAUUGGCUCUUCCCAUUUUGGCAUUUGUUGCUUCAUUCCUUCUGUGGCCCUCAGCGCUCAUUAAAGUCUACUACUGGUACUGGAGAAGGACUCUCGGCCUUCAGGUCCACUAUGCAGACUGUGGAAGCUAUCGCUUCUGUUACUCCAGCAGAGGAAAGCCCGGGAUGAGGCCAUCCAUUCUGAUGCUGCAUGGCUUUUCUGCUCACAAAGACACCUGGCUCACAGUUGUCAAGUAUCUACCAAAACAUCUGCACAUUUUAUGUGUGGACAUGCCAGGCCAUGAGGGCACAACACGCACCAACACAGAGGAUUAUUCCAUUCUUGGGCAAGUCAGUAGGAUUCAUCAGUUUGUGGAAACCCUUCGCUUGAAUCGUAAACCUUUCCAUGUGAUUGGAACCUCCAUGGGAGGCAAUGUAGCUGGGGUCUACGCCGCUACCUAUCCCUCCGAAAUAUGUAGCCUGACUCUCAUUUGUCCAGACGGUAUCAAACACCCAUGCGAGACCAAAUUCGACAAUCAUCUGCAAGACUUGGAACAGAGCAAUUUCAGACUGAAUAUCCCGUUGAUCCCAACUACACCUGAUGAGAUGGAGGACAUGUUUAGACUGUGUUCCCAUGUUCGCUUCAAAAUCCCUCAACAGAUUCUUCAAGGACUGGUGGAUGUCCGAGAGCCCCACAAUUAUUUUUAUGAGGAAGUGUUCAUGGAGAUUGUGGAUGAGAAAUCCAGAUAUGCCUUACAGGAACACUUGCAUCUCAUCACUGCACCUUUACAGGUUAUAUGGGGCAAACAGGAUCAGGUGGUGGACGUGUCUGGUGCCGCCGUCAUUGCAGACAUCUUGCCAGCAUGCAGAGUGGACCUGCUGGAAAACUGCGGUCACUCUGUAGUGAUGGAGAGGCCUUGUCGCACAGCCAAACUCAUUCUGGAGUUUAUUAUACUGCAGCAAGAUACAAGAGGCGGAUACAAGAAAUCAUCCUGAAAUGAAAAUGUUCCGUAUGUGUAAUGCUUAUUAACUGGUGUCACUCAUGGACAUAUUGUAUAGAGACUGCAGUGGUAAAUAUUAGCAUUAUUGGUGCAGCCUGAAGGUUAGCUCACCAUUUAUUGUAAUUCCAUAUGGUCAAAUUCCUGUGCCCCAUUGUUUGCCCCAUCAUUCAAAUGUGAGAUUGUGCAUUGUUGGGAUAUUUUUAGAUAAAUAAACCUUUUUUUUUUUUU